ACAUGACAGAGACGAACGAGACAACAAGCCUCCUGACAGCACACGAACGCGAAGAUGGGAGGGACGAGAGUCACUAUCGCGAAACAACACAUACUGUCAGCGACUCCAGCCAACUUACCCACUCGGGAAACGCGACCGUGAUACUGUGCGGGCUCUUCAUUUUACUCUUCCAGUUUGCAGAUAUCCUCAGAUUUGCUCCCUCAUUGCACCUUCUCGAGCUAGGUUAUUGCAGGAAUUACUACCUUGAGCACGAUCCACGGUCGAUCGACCCUGUCGGACACAUUCCUGAACGCCUUUGCAAAGUACGGGAAGUUCAGGAAAACCUCUCGUCCAUCAGGGCUUGGCUCGGCUUCGUGGAAGGACUUGUUGGUUUCUUCUGGAAAACAUUCCCCAUCGACGCAAUUGUAGUGUCACCAAUGCUGAGGGCAGUAGGUGGUGGAGCACCCGUGGCGUCCGCUGUCAUACUAGCCAUCGUGGCUAGUUCAGUACCUGCGUCAAGCGUCUUUUUUCUGAUGGGAGCGGCCGAACUUGUCACAGAGAUGAUAAUGCCCUUGGUCAGCACUGCUUUUUUGAGCUACGGGUUUGUCUAUACACCUAUCUUGUUAGGGUUCGUAUUCGAGGGUCUGGCAAUCCUUGCGAUUUAUCAUGUCCCAGUCGACACACGUAUAGUGUUGUCAGGAGAGGGGCUCCCUAUUGAUGCGCAGCAGAAUGAUAGUCAGUACUCGUUGCAAACCGGUAUCACAGAUGUCAAGAGCGACAGGCUCAAGUAUCUGACUGACGUUUGGCAAGAGGGAGGCAUAAUGACCGAUGCA